AGCAAGAAGCAAAGGAGCAUAGAAGUAGCAGCCCAGCAGGAGGCAUCCAUUGUGGAUUCCGGUGGAAUUGAGCUCUCUCUCGAAUUUUUAUCAUAAAUUGGUGAUCCAAAGUAAUAUGAGUAAUGAACCCAACCAAAAUGGCACAGGUCUAGAGCAGCAGUUUGCUGAGCUGGACUUGCAGUCGCAGCAGCAGUCCUCUUAUUCCCGUGGAGGAUCUUCAAUUAAUAGCGGCGGCGGCGGUGGUAGCAACCGAUACGUACCUCCGCACCUUCGGAAUAAGCCACAAAGCGGAGGAGCAGAUUUUCAACCAGAAAGGGACAGAGGAGGGUCCCAGGACGGAUAUCCCCCUCCUUCCGGUCCACCCCCAGCUCGUGGAGGCGCCUUCUACGGCAGAGGCGACCGCGGUGGAGCUGAUUUCAGCAGCUUCAACCGCGGAGGUCGCCGCGAAGAAGGAGGCCGUGAUCAGAACGGCGGCGAUAGCUUGGGAGGUGACAGAGGAGGCAGACGUGAUGAUUGGGGAUCACGCGGAGGUGGAGGUGGAGGCGGCCGCUGGAACGAUCGCGGAGAUCGACGCUCUGGCUGGAAUGAUUCGUUUGGAGGCGGCGGCGGCGGAGGCCGCGGUGGUGGCGGCCGCGGAGAGAGCUGGAGCGGAAACUCUCGCUGGAAGGAGCAAGGCGAAUCUGGCAACUUCACUUCGCUCAUGCCGCGUGACGAGCGUCUGGAGCUCGAGCUCUUCGGCCAGGACCACACUGGCAUUAAUUUCGGAAAAUACGAAGAUAUUCCCGUGGAGGCGACGGGCGACGACAUUCCUGUCCACAUUUCCUCUUAUGAUGAGAUCCAGAUGACAGAGAUCAUCGCCAACAACAUCCAGUUGGCUCGCUAUGAGAAACCAACUCCAGUGCAGAAAUAUGCAAUCCCGAUUAUCAUGGGAAAUCGUGACGUGAUGGCCUGUGCCCAGACUGGCUCUGGCAAGACGGCCGCCUUCUUGGUCCCUAUCUUGAACCAAAUGUACGAAAGGGGUCCGCAGCCUGUCCCUGCCAACCCUCGUGGUUCCUACUCUCGUCGCAAGAACUACCCCAUGGCCCUGAUCCUGGCCCCUACGCGCGAGUUGGCCACUCAAAUCUUCGAUGAGGCUCGUAAGUUCGCUUACCGCUCGCGACUCCGCCCCUGCGUCGUCUACGGAGGCUCCAACCUGCUGGACCAAGUCAGGGAGCUAGAACGAGGCUGCCAUCUUCUGGUCGCCACGCCCGGCCGUCUGGUGGAUCUGCUUGACCGCGGAAAGAUCGGUCUGGAGAACUGUCACUUCUUGGUCCUUGACGAAGCUGAUCGCAUGUUGGACAUGGGUUUUGAGCCUCAGAUUCGACGCAUUGUGCAGCAAGACACGAUGCCUCGCGUCGGAGAGCGUCAAACUCUCAUGUUCUCUGCUACUUUCCCCAAGGAGAUUCAGAUGCUUGCCAGAGACUUCCUGGACAAUUAUAUUUUCUUAGCCGUAGGACGUGUUGGCUCAACAUCUGAAAAUAUCACUCAGAAGAUUUUCUGGGUCGAGGAAAUGGACAAACGCUCUUUCCUCCUGGACAUACUGAACGCAUCAGAUCUGAAUAGAUUAUCUGAAGCUACCGACUCGUUGACCCUCGUCUUCGUUGAGACUAAAAAGGGCGCUGACUCCCUGGAAGAUUUCCUGGAUCGCGAGGGAUACCCUGUCACCUCAAUCCACGGCGACCGUAGCCAGCGAGACCGUGAAGACGCACUGCGUCGCUUCCGUAAUGGCCACACUCCAAUCUUGGUGGCCACUGCUGUGGCCGCUCGAGGCUUGGACAUCCCGCAUGUGAAGCACGUCAUCAACUUUGACCUGCCAUCUGACAUCGAGGAGUAUGUGCACCGCAUCGGUCGUACCGGCCGCAUGGGCAAUUUGGGCACAGCCACCUCCUUCUUCAACGACAAGAACCGCAAUCUUGUCAGGGACCUGGUCGAGCUGCUGGUGGAAACCAAGCAAGAGGUUCCGACCUGGAUUGAGGCCUUCUCCCAGGACAGCGGACGUGGCGGAUCCGGUCGCAUGGGACGCGGAGGCGGAAGCAAGCGAUUUAGCGGUGGAUUCGGAUCCAGGGAUUACCGUCAGCAGAGAGGCGGUGGAGGAGGAGGCGGCGGCGGCGGUGGCGGCGGUGGUCGUAGCUCUGGAUAUGGCGGAUAUGGUGGAAGCAGUGGCGGCGGCAGUGGCGGCGGUAGCUAUGGUGGAGGCUACGGCGGAGGAAGCUACGGAGGCUCCUACGGGGGCGGUGGAGGCGGCGGUGGCGGAGGCGGCAACACCGACUGGUGGGGAAAUGAUGGACGCUAGGCGUGACGGUGAAGCCGUCUGGUUUGGCCACUUGUGUACGAUGUUAAGGAAAUUGUUUUGUGUUUCAAAUUGAUGGUUCAGCUUUUGAGCCAACAAUGUAUUCAUACUUUAUUCGAUUAAUUAUUGAUUUUUGAAAGAGGAUAUCCCUGUUUGUCUGAAUUUGAUGGCAAACAUUCUUUCAGAUUGAGUUUUGUUUUCAAACCAAAUUUGCCGUCCCUGUGUGAAUAGACUAGACGAUUUUACUUACAAGCGAAAAUUCACAUGGAAGGGAGUCAUAAAUUUUUAAAGCUACAAAUUUCGCCGGUCGGGGGAUCUUUCUCGACUGUCAAUGAGCUCUUUAAGGAGAACUAAGAAGGCACUGUGGGUAGUAGCGAGAUGUUUUAAUUAAAUACAGCUAUCUGGCCCUUGUGCUGUGUCCUGAGACUGCCAUUGGAUAACAAAUAUUGCUAAACCACCUAAUGGCCGAAUUGAUAUGAAGUACCGAGGCCUUAUUUUCGAGUCGUGCAGCGCUAACACGCGGUCUGCUCGUUUUUAAAAACAAAAGAUGAACACAUAAAGCUGUGAUGUUUUUCCACCUGAUGCAAAAGAGUAAAAGCGUCACAUACAAACAUAAUUAAUUACACAAACGCGUAAACACCAACCAAUAUUGAAUCUACUAUUUUCCCUGUCUGUAAUGAAGCGCAGCAGACAAACAAGCAAUUUUCUUUCCACUAUUGAGAAUCAGCUAGUUGAGAGAGUCGGUGCGGAGUCUGUGAAGUGUUGACUGUAGCAAACUUGACAGAGUCAUUCACGAAUCUCCCAACUGGAAGUUAGGCCAGUUGAAGAAAACAAAGUUAUGGAAUCAUACUUUGUUUCCUCCUCUCCCAAUGCAACCGAAAACAAAAUUGAAGAAAAUUUUGUGUGGAACACAUGUUCGCUUACUGUGAUAUUUUAAUUUAAACAAUAACCAAGUGUAGGAACCAAUUACAUACACUCCCGCAAUCACUAUAAGCAAAUCAUUUCUACACAACCGAAAUGUGAAUCGUUUCUGUCUGGCAGCGAUCCAAAGAGUCAUUCCCGUAUCGGAAAUGGCGAUCAGCACUUUCCGAGUCCCUAAAGUUCCUUUGUCCGUUCCCAUUUUGCGGAAAAUUUACUGGAUUUCUUUAUUCCAACAGUUUCAAGACAAUCUCUUUUGAUAAUGUCCGGUGUUUAAACGUUAACAGUUACCGGUUGAUAAGUAUUUUUUUUUUUAAUUAUCUCUUGAUGUAAUAUGUGUUUGUAAUUUAUUCAGCAGUAAGCAAAGCUCGGAUUUUAAAGUGAAAUUGCAAAGGCAAGGCCAGCAUGAGUCCAUACAUAGAUGUAAGAAAAUGUCCGGCCUUAAGUCUGAAAAUUUUAAACAUAGCACAAGGUGCAUUGUGUUUCUUUUUUUCCUGUACUUCGAGUACAAAUUAAGCCUUUCGUCAAUACGUACACUCUAGUUCGUUUCUAGUAAGUUAAAUCGAAGGAGUCUGUGCUGGAUGUUUUCUUCCAAAAAAGCAGGCGUCUCUGUGCACAAAAAGUCAAAAUUUCAGAGACAUGCGACGCUAAGUAUUUUAAUUUCGAAAGUACUUAAACCGGUUAUUUUAUUAUUAUUUUUGAAAUUCCGUAGGGAGAUGCAAACUCAGAUCUCUCUCGAUUCCCUUAUCUCAUCAGUCAGUAUUUAUGAACAAAUGGUGCACGAAGUUGAACGCCUUUGAUGGCUUUGCCUGUGAUAAAUAAAAAGAUGAAAAAACUAAACGGCGGGAGAGGAGAAUCGAACUUGCGAAAGUGGAAUUCUUGCCCUACUACACGAAAACACGUCUUACUCAGCGUAGAGUAAUUUUAGUUACACACGCCCUUUCGCGCGCGCGGGGCCACGGUGGCGUCCGGGCAGCGGCCACGCCACGCUGGCCGUCGGGGUGGCCGCUGUCAGGCCCCUAGACGGUCCCGCCCGAGGAAAACAGGUGGGGGGUGUUCCAAAUCCAACUGCGAGGGGUGCGAUCACCCCGGAUUAUACUCAACUUAAGGGAUGGGGUGGGUGGGGGAGGCAGGCAUCAGGAUAGAGAAAUCAGUACAAGGCGAGCCAGCUAGCGCAACGAGACAGUGAGAGAAGGAUUAUUUGAUGACAAGUAGUGCGCGUCCCAGUGUCCAAGGGGCGGCGCACGCGGAAACAAAUCAAGGGAUGGCAAAAUGCAUGUUCAUGGAAAAAAAGCUGAAUUAGCUAACUUGAUUAAUGUAUUAUAUUAUUUUGAUUCCCGUUCGAGAAACCUAUUAUUUGUAAUCAGCGUAACAUUGCAUUUAAAAGAAUUAAAAAAAAAUAAAUCUCGCGUAACCUGAGGUGUGCCCAUGCGAGACUUGUUUGGAUAAUUUCGAAUCAUGGGCAUUCUUCAGAACAUCUUAAUUUAAAUAAACAAGUGCAUGAAAAAAUCUUAACUAUUGUGUAAAAAGGAUCUUCUCAAAUUUACCACAAUUAUGAUUAUAUCAGUUAUUUGUAGUGUUAUAGAGUGAAUUAAUAAAACACAUUUCUGGCAUUCAAA